AUUCUUAAAAAAUUAUUGGGGACAAAAACGACGUAGUACAUUUAGGGUUUUUCCUUGUUUGUCCUUGAAGCUUGUAACUUGCAAGGUGAGUAGACAGGAACAUCAUCAAAUUGAGGAGAACCAUUUUUCUCUGUUCCUCAAAUUGAAUGUUUGUAUGUAAAUAUUUCCAGUUAUCCAACCUUGCAAACUCGGCUAUGAAACAAGACUACUAUCGAAAACCACUGACCCCUCUGGAUAUAGACAAGGAUCUGAAUGUUGCCACACCUGCACCUCUUUCACUUUGAGAUGAAAGCUGUGACAUUCAUUAGAGACUCAAACUUUGGUCAUGUAGUCACACCCUUUAAAGCUAGUAUAUCGCGAUAAGUAUAAUUUUGGUUUUUAUGAGCUUCAUUAAUCUAUGAUAUGCGUUUGUUGGUGAAAAUCACUCUUUGCUUGAAAAGAUAACAGGAGUUAUAAACUUGGAGAUCAUUCCUGGAUAAACACACAACGCGGUGGAUUUGAAAUUUAGACGAGGGAUUGAAAUCUAGUUAAAUUGCCAUGUCGAAAACAGUUAGCAGCAAACCUGUUGAUUUAAGCGCUACUAAAGAUAUAUUUGUUUCAGCUAUUCGAUUUGCUGUGUCUAUUGAGGGGCCGUGUUUUCCAUUUGGCGAUGAGCUAAGAAUCUCCGCUCAAGAGCAAGUCGACUUCAUGCUAGGAGAAGAUGAAGAUAUUACAGUUAUUAUGGCCGAUGAUGAAGUAAAAUCUGUAGUAAGAACGGGUGUUUACAAUGUCAUUCAUUUGUUUGAAAUGGACUUGUUGUCGUUGCUGAUGAAUCCUACCCUCAAGUUUGAGGCUGCGGAUAACACGAUAAUGAGGAGAGUAUCUGAUCUCGAAUGGAUAUGUAAUGUACUACCAAAGAUGGAUUUGAUGAAGAAUUUUGUUUCUAACUGGAUUGCAAUCUCUAGUAAAAUUUUGGCGAUCAUUGAAGACGAAAAGCUUGACGAUGUUAUGUGGGGGUUGAAAGUAAAGCUGAUAGAAGUAACAUGCAAGGUUUUGGAAGCAGUUGGUUAUGGCAGUGUGAUUCUUCCUGCUCCAGGUCGGGUGCAAUUGCUAAAAACGUGGUUUCCGUAUGUUCGAAAAAUGAAGCCGUUGUUGGAUUCAAAAGCUAUUGAGGAGACUAGUUUUCAGUACAAAAUGGAUGAAGAUUUGUGCCAGGCCAUUGAGGGAGCAAUUGUGUCGUUGCUAUUGACAUUGCCGUCAAAUGACCAAGCAGACAUUUUGGCUGAUUGGAUUGGAAAUAGGGAAGUCGGAUAUCCCGACUUGAGUGAGGCAUUUGAGGUUUGGUCUUAUAGAAGCAAGUCUGCCAAGAGGAGAUUAGUGGAAGGUUUACAUGGCCACAGUGAUGCAGCUAUCAGCAGCUAAGUUUGUCUCUAAACCCCUAACCUUGUCCUUUAUUUUAACUUUUGAAGGAGAGUUUUGCCAGCUAUACAUUCUUAUCCUGCUUCAGAGAUUAAUCCUUACAGUUGCGUGCAGAGGAUACUUGGUUUAUAUUCACAAGUUUCAUUUUGUAUAAUUUAAUUUUAUUGUUGUAACAUAAAACGUCGAAAAUGAGUGUUGUAAAAUAAAAAUUAUAUUGUUGGAUGAAGAUCAUAUGACUUGUUUAACCUGACUCGGUACAAUUCCAUGAACUCAGUAAAAAACUCUUCUUGCCCUUUUAA